AGGACUACUCGCACCAUGGCGCUACACCUAGCUGCUCUACUGUGCUUUGUGUCCAGCGGUCUCGGGCAGGUUUACCACCAGCUCCCCUUCAGCGAGGAGUCCCACGGACGGCUGGAUGUCAUCCAGGAGUCUCACGGACGACUGGAUGUCAUCCAAGAGCCCCACGGACGUCUGGAUGUCAUCCAGGAACCCAUCACGGAACUGGAGGGACGAGGGAGGAGCUCACGAUGCUACGAUGACCUCGGGAAGGCUCAGAAAUGUGUUCCGGAGUUUGUGAAUGCAGCGUACAAUCGGCCAGUGGAAGAUACCAACACAUGUGGAGUUCAGCGGCCGCAGGAGUACUGCCUCCAGACGGGCGGCUACGGUUCCCAAAAGGCUUGCGAGAUCUGCAAUGCCUAUGAACCACACCUCGCCCACCCUUCCCAUUACCUCACUGACUUCAACAACAAUGAUAACCAUACCUGGUGGCAGUCCGAGACCAUGUUUGAGGGCAUCCAGUUCCCAAACCAGGUCAAUCUUACACUGAGGCUGGGCAAGGCAUUCGACAUCACUUAUGUACGUCUCUUCUUCCACUCGCCACGACCCGAAUCCUUCGCUAUCUUCAAGCGACGCUACCAGGAGGAAGAGUGGACUCCCUACCAGUACUACAGUGCCACCUGCCGCGACACGUACGGCAUUCCGGACUCAACCUAUGUUAGGAGAGAAGACGAAACACGGGCCCUCUGCACCUCUGAAUUUUCUGACAUCUCCCCAUUGACAGGUGGCAACGUGGCUUUCUCCACCCUCGAGGGUAGACCAUCAGCUUACAACUUUGAGAACAGCUCCCAGCUCCAGGAGUGGGUGACUGCCGUGGACAUCCGCAUCAUCUUGGACCGCCUCAAUACCUUCAGGGAUGAAGUCUUUGGCGACCCCAGGGUUCUCAAGUCCUACUUCUAUGCCAUCACCGACCUGGCUGUGGGUGGCAGAUGCAAGUGUAAUGGGCAUGCAUCAGAGUGUGUGACGUCGACGGGUGAGGAUGGGGAGGCCCAGCUGGUGUGUCGCUGUGAGCACAACACUGCUGGCAUAGACUGCAAUGAGUGUCUGCCCUUCUACAACGACGUCCCCUGGCACCACGCCACCUCCCUCAACGCCCACGAGUGUAGACGUAAGUACCACAUACAAAUCUUCGCUAUUAUUGUGGUAUUUCAGGCAUGGAUUGGCAGGCUACCAUCAUUAGAUCCUUCUCUUCAUCAGCCAGUAGCAUGGAAUGUUAUCAGUAGAACACCUGGGAUGCUUAUUGCUGUCUGCCACUAAGAAAUGUUGUUUGAC